AUGGCCACAGUCGCCACGGCGGCAUCGGGCCCUUGCCCUGCCCCGGGCAAGCAGCCCGCCGCCGCCGUCGUCGCCAGCGUCGCCGCCGCCGGCCUCGCGUCCCACCCCGUCGGCGCGUUUUUCGCGACCGCCGGCGCACCCGGCGCGGUCUCCGCCGCCGCCGGGCGCGCGGACCUGCGCGUUGCGUCUGCCAGCGACAUGCAGCGCUUUGCCGCCGAGGGGUUCCUGCUUGCCGGCCCGGCCCGGCUGGGAGAGUUUGAGGUCACCAAGCCCGCCAGCAGCCCGAGCGGCGGUGUUCGCGCCGCCCAGGAGGUCACCAGCGGCCGCUCCCCGGUCCACACCGUCCGCAUCCUGCCACAGGAGGGCCUCGUCUACGUGUCGGCCUCGGCCCUCCCCUUCGACGCCGCCACGGCCGCCCAGUCCGCGUCGACCCCCUCGUCCCGCCCCGACCGCCAGGCCGCCCUCGCUGAGGCCGCCGCCGCGCGCGACGCCCAGCCCGAGGGCGUCGCCGCGGCGGCGGUUGCGGCGCGCGGCGGCCCCGCGGCCAACCCCAAGCGCAAGAACCUGGCCGCCCCCGGCUGGGUGGAGAUCAAGGACCUGUCCCGCCACCCCUACACUGCCGUCGGCUGGCUCAACCUCGGAUACGAGGGCGGGGCCGGCUACUGCUCGGGCUCCCUGAUCGCCAAGCACGCCGUCGUCACCGCCGCGCACUGUGUCUACGACCGCGGCUCCGGCAGCAGCCUCUCCACCGCCGUGUUCUACCCCCACAACUUCUACACCUCCAAGCUCAAGCUGCAGCAGCCGUUCGGCUCCGCCAAGGCCUACGCAUUCGACUUCCUGUCCGGCUGGUCCACUGAGGACGACAUGGACAAGGCCUGGAUCAGCGACAUGGCGGUCAUCCUGCUGGUCAAGGACGCCGGCACCGCCAGCGGCACCCUGGGUUACGCCUACAACGCGGCCGGGUACUCUGGGCAGAUCUACCUGGCCGGCUACCCCGGGGAGACGCCGAGCGUGAUCGGCGAGUACUUCAAGCUCAAGGGCAAGUGCUUCAUCCAGGACACCAACGGCGCCGACGCUGCCAUCGACAUGCGCGAGCCCAACCAGCGCACUUGCCUGACCGACUGCUCCAUCGCCGAGCGCGGCCAAAGCGGCCAGCCUGCGUUUGUGCAGAACGGCACCAGCUGGGUCGUGCGCGGCGUGCUGUCGCACGGGCCCCCCACUGGGCAGUGCUACGGCUAUGACACCUACACUGAGGUCGAUGCCAUGCACUACAAGUUCCUGGAUCAGUACCGCCUCUGGACCCCUCCCGCCAACGCAACUGCUACCCCGUAA